GACAGCGGGGCCGGGAGGGGAGGUUUGAGCGACACUGAGCUCGGGGCUCGCCGGCGGCGGCGGCCCUGGGGGUGGCGAGGGGAAGGCGACACUCGCUCCGCGCUGCUUUCGUGCAGAGCGACCGGGAGGGUUUUGCAGCGGCCGCCGCCGCCGCCGCGGCGGGAGGAGGGGUUGAGGUGGCUUUUGAGUUGUCGGGAGAAGGUGGGCAUUUCUCGGUUUUCCCACCCCCUCCACUUGUCUCCCCCUUGCCUUGUCUUCCCCUCCCUCCUGCCCCGCACCCCACGUGAAGCGGAAUAUAAAGGGGGGUGUGAGACUAGAGGGGAAAGUGAAUGGCGAAGGACUGAAGGGGUCCCCCCUUCGGGUCCCUGGCCGCUCUGUUCACCCUCGUUCAUCCUCCCUUCCCGAAGCUCGCCCUCGAAGGCAGGAGCUGCCGGCGCUUUCGGCUGAGGAGGAGGAGGAGGAGAAGGAGGAACCGCGCCGGGCGGAGCGUCAGGUCCCGUUUUCCUCCCCGGCGUCUUGAAUACAAAGAUUACGGUGCAGAAGGAAAUUGCACUCGCCUCCUCCGCCCCCCGGUACCCGACACAAUGCACCAGCCGCCUGAGUCCACCGCCGCGGCGGCCGCGGCCGCUGCAGACAUUAGUGCUAGGAAGAUGGCGCACCCGGCAAUGUUCCCUAGAAGGGGCAGCGGUAGUGGCAGCGCCUCUGCUCUCAAUGCAGCAGGUACCGGCGUUGGUAGUAGUGCCACAUCUUCCGAGGAUUUUCCGCCUCCGUCGCUGCUCCAGCCGCCAGCUCCUGCAGCAUCUUCUACGUCGGGACCACAGCCUCCGCCUCCACAAAGCCUGAACCUCCUCUCUCAGGCUCAGCUGCAGGCACAGCCUCUUGCGCCAGGCGGAACUCAAAUGAAAAAGAAAAGUGGCUUCCAGAUAACUAGCGUUACCCCGGCUCAGAUCUCCGCCAGCAUCAGCUCUAACAACAGUAUCGCAGAGGACACCGAGAGCUAUGAUGACCUGGAUGAGUCUCACACGGAAGAUCUUUCUUCUUCCGAGAUCCUUGAUGUGUCACUUUCCAGGGCUACUGACUUAGGGGAGCCUGAACGCAGCUCCUCAGAAGAGACUCUGAAUAACUUCCAGGAAGCUGAGACACCUGGGGCAGUCUCUCCCAACCAGCCCCACCUUCCGCAGCCUCAUUUGCCUCACCUUCCACAACAGAACGUUGUGAUCAAUGGGAAUGCUCAUCCACACCACCUCCAUCACCACCAUCACAUCCAUCAUGGGCACCACCUACACCAUGGGCAUCACCAUCCAUCCCAUGCUGGUGUGGCCAGUACAUCCAUUCCUGGAGGGCCACCCUCCAGUCCAGUAUCCAGAAAACUCUCUGCAGCUGGAAGCUCUGACAGUGUUCUAGCAGCGGCCCCAACUUCUGCUGUAUCAUCCGGUGGCUCACCUGCAUCUGUAAUGACUAAUAUCCGUGCUCCAAGUACUACUGGCAGUAUAGGUAUAAGUUCUGUUACUGGCACUAAUACAAUGAGUAAUGUCAACAUUACUGCCGUGGGUAGUUUUAAUCCUAGUGUGACAAGCAGCAUACUUGGUAAUGCUAAUAUAAAUGCAAGCAAUAUUCCUAGUGCUGCUACUGUGAGUGUUGGGCCUGGAGUUAGCAGCAGUGUUAAUGUGAAUAUCUUGAGUGGCAUGGGCAAUGGUACUAUAUCUUCCUCCGCUGUUGUUAACAGUGCCCCCGGUGCAGCUGCAGGGAUGACUGCGGGGUCCCUUUCGGGUCAGCAGCAGCCACCAACAGUUAACACGUCAAGGUUCAGAGUUGUGAAGUUAGAUUCUAGUUCUGAACCCUUUAAAAAAGGCAGAUGGACUUGCACCGAGUUCUAUGAAAAAGAAAAUGCUGUACCUGCUGCAGAAGGUGUGGCGAUAAAUAAAGUGGUGGAAACUGUGAAACAGAACCCGACAGAAGUGACUUCGGAGAGGGAGAGCACUAGUGGGAGUUCAGUGAGCAGUAGUGUCAGCACACUGAGUCACUACACGGAGAGUGUGGGAAGCGGAGAGAUGGGAGCCCCUACUGUGGUGGUGCAGCAGCAGCAACCAGCUCUUCAAGGUAUGGCUCUUCCCCAGAUGGAUUUCAGUAGCACUGGUCCCCAGAGUAUUUCAGCAGUUAGCAUUCCACAGAGUAUUUCUCAGUCACAGAUCACGCAAGUACAAUUACAGUCUCAAGAACUGAGCUAUCCUCAAAAGCAAGGUCUUCAGCCAGUACCUCUACAGGCCACUAUCAGUGCUGCAACUGGUAUCCAGCCGUCACCUGUUAGUGUGGUUGGUGUAACUUCAGCUUUAGGUCAGCAGCCUUCCAUUUCCAGUCUGGCUCAACCCCAACUACCGUAUUCUCAGACGGUUCCUCCAGUGCAAGCCCCCCUUCCAGGAGCACCACCCCAACCGUUACAGUAUGGACAACAGCAGCCGACUGUCUCUACCCAGAUGGUCCCAGGCCAUGGUAAAUCCGUGGCUCAGAACCCUUCAGAGUAUGUGCAGCAGCAGCCGAUUCUUCAAACAGCAGUGUCCUCCGGACAGCCCAGUUCUGCAGGAGUGGGAGCAGGAGCGACAGUGAUUCCUACGGCUCAGCCACAGAGUAUCCAGCUGCCAGUGCAGCCCGCGGCAAUCCAAGCACAACCUGCAGGGGCAUCCGGCCAGCCUGUUGGCCAGGCUCAAACAGCAGUAUCUGUUGUACCUACUGGCAGUCAAAUUGCAAAUAUCGGUCAACAAGCAAACAUACCUACUGCAGUGCAGCAGCCCUCUACCCAAGUCACACCUUCGGUUAUUCAGCAAGGUGCUCCUCCAUCUUCACAAAUAGUUCCACCUGCUCAAACUGCGAUUAUUCAUCAGGGAGUUCAAACUAGUGCGUCAAGCCUUCCUCAACAAUUGGUCAUUGCACCCCAGAGUACCUUGUUAACUGUGCCUCCCCAGCCACAAGGAGUAGAAUCGGUAGCUCAAGUUGUUUCGCAGCCGUUGCCUGCAGUUAGUCCUUUGCCCUCUGCUAGUAGUAUUUCUGUUACAAGUCAGGUUAGUUCAACUGGUCCUUCUGGAAUGCCUUCUGCCCCAACAAACUUGGUUCCACCACAGAAUAUAGCACAAACCCCUGCCACUCAAAAUGGUAAUUUGGUUCAAAGUGUUAGUCAACCUCCCUUGAUAGCCAGUAACAUAAAUCUGCCUUUGGCACAACAGAUACCACUAAGUUCUACUCAGUUCUCUGCACAAUCAUUAGCUCAGGCAAUUGGAAGCCAAAUUGAAGAUGCCAGGCGCCCAGCGGAACCCUCCUUAGUUGGCUUACCUCAGACUAUCAGUGGUGACAGUGGGGGAAUGUCAGCAGUUUCAGAUGGGAGUAGCAGCAGCCUAGCAGCCCCUGCUUCUCUUUUCCCGUUGAAGGUGCUACCGCUGACGACACCCCUGGUGGAUGGCGAGGAUGAGAGCUCCUCUGGUGCAAGUGUGGUAGCUAUUGACAACAAAAUCGAGCAAGCUAUGGAUCUGGUGAAAAGCCAUUUGAUGUAUGCGGUUAGAGAGGAAGUGGAGGUCCUUAAAGAGCAAAUCAAAGAACUAAUAGAGAAAAAUUCCCAGCUGGAGCAGGAAAACACUCUGCUGAAGACACUGGCCAGUCCUGAGCAGCUUGCCCAGUUUCAGGCCCAGCUGCAGACUGGCUCCCCGCCUGCGACCACACAGCCACAGGGGACCACACAGCCCCCGGCCCAGCCAGCAUCCCAGGGCUCAGGACCAACCGCAUAGCCUCCCAUGCCCCCGCAGAACUGGCCGCUGCUGUCUGAACUGAACAGACCAGAGAAGACGUACAAGGGGGAAUCCAUCCACCUCUACAGUCACCCAUUUCAUUGCUCGCUGCACAAGAGAAGUGAGGCUGACCUAUGCCAUUGUCUCUGUUUUCCAGUAUUAAACACUCAUGUGCUUUUGGCUUGAAGAAAUUUCUUAGUUGGGUGAAUUAAAGGUUAAUCAGAGAAUUAGCAUGGAUAUACUGGGACCUCAUGCAGCUUGGCAGAUAUGUGAGAAGUGGUUCCGUUCAUGCUGAGGAGCUGUGUGCCUUUCCAUCAUCCCUUCCCUGCUCCCCAUCCCCGCUCCCAAGAGUUCUCUCCUGCUUGCACGUAGUGUACUCCAUGGGGUUGGAAGCAGUGGGGCUCCACUGGACUUUCCUCUCUCCUUUUCCCCAUGAGGAACUUGAAAGGGAGGUCAGAGUAAAGACUGACGCAUAGUCUCACCUAAGAUGAGGGGAAACAUAGUUCAUCGUACAAACUGACGACUGUCACCAAAAAUCCAUAAAACGAUAGUACUGUGCCUCUUUCUGAAACAGUGGAUGACACAAAACUCUGAGACGGUGACAGGUAGCUGGGACCUAGGCUAUCUUACCAUGAAGGUUGUUUUGCUUAUUGUAUAUUUGUGUAUGUAGUGUAACUAUUUUGUACAAUAGAGGACUGUAACUACUAUUUAGGUUGUACAGAUUGAAAUCUAGGUGUCUCAUUGGCUGUCUGAAGAGGUGUGGAUUGUCUUUUAUAUAGAGAUCUACAGAAAAAAUGCUACCUGAAGAAAACCACACCUGAAGAAAUUGUAAGAAUUUGGCGUUGUCAGUCACUUUGUGUAACCUGAAAUCUUCUAGUUGCUGAAUAUCUUGAAGUAAAUUCCUGUUCGCUGAAGUCUUUUGAUUGAGCUGGUUGAAUACUUUGAAAAAUGAUCCCUUCUAGCUAAUGAAAUGGAUCGCCCAGUAGGGGUUUCUGCAUAUUACCUGUAUAGUAGUUCUAUGCAUUUGUUUCCGUGCAUGUUCUCUACACAGCUGUAAGGUGUCACUGUAUUUAGCCGUUGCACUUGUCAACUUUCAAUAAAGCAUAUAAAAUGUUGCUAAA